AAGUACAAAACUGAUUUACAAGUACAAAAUAUUUAUGACCACAAUUUGAGCCCAUAGUAGACAACUCCAGAGGAGAAAAUCACGUCCUGUUUAAGGAGCCAGUUCAGACUUAUAAUAAUAAUAAUUCACAAACCAAAAGCUCAGUCUUGAUGACCUGCUCUGACAUUGGAAGGAAAGAAGGUGAUGCGUGGGUUUGCUCACUGUGGAAACAGAGUUAGACUUUGUUUUUGGUUUCCCCCCCUUUUUCCUCCCUGUUGACAUUCUGAGCUGGAGCUUCUGCUUCAACCUGUGGUGGAGUUCCUGGCAGCUCAUUCCUUCCUGCACCUGUUCUUAAUGAAGGAACCCAUAUUUGAGGGGCCGACUGGAGCCACAGUCCCCUGCCAGAUAAUCCUCUCUGCUAUGUCAACAGUUAACCCUGUCUUGUUUUUGUUUAACCUUAGUAUAUUAUUGCCAUUUACCCAGAUUUUCUGCUUUCCACACAGGAACUUGUCUGAAUUUACUGUUGGAAAUUGGUUUGCUUAAACCUCAUGUCACCUGUGCACUGUGGAUGCUGCUGGGACCAUUCCCUUUAGCCUGCUAGCUGAAACCUGUAAAGAAGGAAAUCACCAGCUAACCACCUCCCUGCCCACUCUCUCUCUCUCUCUCUCUGUUCCAUCCCAGGAUCCGUGGACCGACCACGGCUGGACCCGUAAACCUUGCAAAUUCUCUCUCAUUUUUUGACAAAUAAAUCAGGUUUAUGGUCAAGUAGAGGUGGCGCGUUUGCAGUCUGCUCCAGUCCAGGGAUUGCCUGUCUGUCUGUAGUGAGCUCUGUUUUCAGAGUGACGCGGUUUGUAAAGAAUGUGGUUCAACAGUUUGUGGAAAAACUCUUGCUUGUGCCUUUAGUGAAACUCAAUCAGACAAAAGUGGUGCAGUUUCUAGACGUGGUUUUCACAUCUUUAUUGAUGCACCAGACAGAUAAUCUAUUUACAAAACAUUUAGUGGUAAACGUGGUAGGCAUGCAGUGAGCUGUUCUGAAAAACAGGAUCCAUUGUGGUUGCAGUAUCAUUCGCAUGGUUCAAAUGUGCUGCAUGCAGAUGAAACAGAAAAUGUCAGUGAAAUGUGUUUCUCCCUUUUAAUUCAUUUUUCCUCAUGGGUGAAAACAUUAAAGAAAUCAUAUGUUACAUUCAUAUGUGAAUCCAGGAACUUGCUGUUUAUGUAAUAUUGUGAGGAUUAUUAAUGUCUGAUAACAAACAAAGUGUUUUAUGAAGUUAAUUUUAUUUUCAUGCAAUACAAUGUGAUUUUUAUGAGAUAUUCAGAAUCUUUGAUGCAGUUGUUAACAUAUAUUAUAAGCACAUAAGCUGAUAAAAUCAGAUAUAGCAGUGUUAAGCUAGUGCUGUCUCAACAGUCUGAUGAGGAUUCCACCCCCAUCAGACUGUUUUUCGUUAACUACACCCCCUCAGUCACUGUACACAAGCGCCCAGCCCCUGAACUCUUAAGAGGUUUUUUCAAAACUCAGGCUGUUUGAUUUCGUGGCUCCUUAAUGUCUUGGAUAUUUAUGCUGAAUAAAUGAGAUAAGAGUGAAACUUUAGAAGGAAGAAAUGGUAAGACAUGGAUCAUUUCUAUACUGUAGCCAGUGGUUAAGUAUCAUUAGUUUUGUUCAUUCUGUUACCAUUAACACAAUAAUAAAAUUUCAAUGACAUAUGACAUAAAUAUACAUAAAUAAAUGUAAAUGUGAAUUCAGUUAAUUAUGAUAUUAAUUAUAAUGUUAAUUUAUUUUCAUCUCUUAUAUGACUACUCCUGAUUUCUGUCCAAAGAAAUAAAAAGUAUAUAAACAAGAGUUUUGUUGUAGAUAUCAUCCACGUGAAAGUUAACACUAAAAGAAAAAGGGAAAUAUUUGUGCAGACAAGGGCAGACGAUUAUAUAUUAUAUUUAGUUUGAUUAAUAUUUUCUUCAGUGCCACAUGCCAACAUAAUGGAGCAGGGGUGUAGUUUCCAGGGGGGUUAUGACCCCCCAAUAAUCAGACCCAACCAAUAUAAGCCCCCCAGUAAAAUUAUGAAUUGUCUUGCAUAAGUAGGCUGUUGAUUUUCUUUACUCGUUUCAGGUAUUACCAGCAAAACAGUUGCAUGUUUAAUCAUCUGGCAAUUUAAAAAGAUUUAUUUAUUUAUUUAGACAGAGAUCUUGACCCCACCAAUGUUCAGCACAAAGUUACGUGCCUUUUAGUGAAACUAUAUAAAUUUGAUACAUCAAAGGCAAAAGAGAAAGUGUAGUCAUUUUGUUGCGCUGUGAAUAUUUUUUUAUAUAAAUGUAAGGGGAGUUAAAAUGUCAGGAUUUUUAGAUGUUCGAACAUUGUCUCAGAUUUCAGUGUGCGAAAAAAUGCUUUUCAAGUUGGUUGAUGCACCAUUUUUAAGAAUAUGUGUAUUAAGUAUUGAUAUAUGAAGCAAUCACUCUUGUGUCCAAAUUUAUUACUGCAAAAAUUUUAUGUAAAUGCAUUGGGUAUGCCAGAUAUUGACUCUCCCUAUACCAGAUGCUGACUUUGCAUCUUUAGUACUAAAAUAAAUAAAAAUAAUCUGCCACCUGACAGCUGUUGGAGGCAGGAGCAUUAGAACUGCAAUCUUUGCCCUUAGGUCCUUUGCUAGCAAACUGUCUACAACGCGAGCUUGUGUGUGUGUAUGUCCGCAGAUGUCAUUGAGUAGCACAAGGCUCCAGCUGGUGGCUGUUACUCUGAUCAUCCUGAUGGUUUUCUAUGUCAUAUAUUUCUCUAACGUUAAUGAAAAUCUGUUCAAGUUUUCCAGCGCAACAAAACUAAGGUCAGUUUCUCCUAGGAACUUUUCAUUGGCUCAUCAAUGUACCUGCCCUAAAGGCUCAGAACUUCUUAAAGAUUAUAUAGCCAAGGAUCAAUACGAAGAGCUUGUUAAAUGGCGAGCUAAGGACCUCCAACAGUACAAAACCAGGAUGGUGUCUGAACUAUCCAGACUGCUGUUUGCUUCGCCUAACUCUCCUCUGCAGUAUCCUAUUCAAGGUUAUAUAGUACAGCCUUUGACCUCUACUCUCAUACCAGGUUUAGGGCUGCAUGCAGAAAACAGAAGCAGCUACAAGGUAUCUUUAAGUGUGUCUAAAGGCAUCCUGACCACAAAUAUUACACCUGAACAGACAAUCAUCAAAGGAUCUGGUAAGAACAAACUGAUUAUCGAGUCUCGCAGUCUGGUGACCCUCAACAACUUGCUAGCCAAAGUGUCCUAUACCAGCACUGACUACCACAUAAACACUGGAGACCUUGCCACUUUCCAGUUUGAAAUGCAUGAAGCUGUGUUUCCAAUUGCCAUCAAACAGCCUCGUGUACCAGUCCUGUAUGAGAUGGGAACAGAUAUCAGCUCUCAAGUCACCAUCACAACAAAAACUUUCCAGCGCUAUAAACACUUAAGAGUGUUGCUUGACAGCAUCCGGCAAUUCUAUAGCAACGUAAAAAUUAUUAUUGCCGAUGACAGCUUUGAAACGGAGCACAUUACUGGAGAAAACAUUCAACAUUACAUUAUGCCUCCAGCACAGGGCUGGUUUGCAGGCAGAAAUCUGGCUGUUUCCCAGGUAACCACCAAGUACUUCCUGUGGGUGGAUGAUGACUUUAUGUUUACAGAGAAGACGAAGAUAGAGAACCUUGUAGAGGUGAUGGAAGCGAUGCCAGAACUUGACGUGGUGAGAAUGAAAUGGCUCCUGUUUGAGUUCAUUUACUUCUAUUUGCUUUAUGGGAUACAGGUUGCAACCAAACAUCAAAUAUACAUAGCUAUUUCUGUAAUUAGGUAAAAAAAAACUUUAACUUUAACUUUGUAACUUAGUUUCUUUUUACCCUUUUAAUACACUGAUUGGCGUUCUUAUAGACUUUACUCUUUCCUUGACGAUGAUUUAUCUGAUCUAGUUACAACAUUACCAAAUUAAUGUAGUUUUUUUCCAAAAAUUUUGAUACAUUUUUUCAUUUAAUUAAAUCAGUUUUAAUAAUAGUUAACAGCUGUCAUGUUACGGCUGUGUGCAGGCAGGGAUUGGAGCUAAACGUAAACUCACUGACACAUAGAAUAAACUCAAAGCCAACUAAACUGGGAAACUAAUAGAACUAAUGCACACGAGGAGACACUGGGGAGCACACAGUAUGAGGGACAAUGUGACAUGUAACUGAGAGAGACUCGGACAUAAAUACCUAGAAGGUAAUGAGGAAAGUGGAAGCACACGGGGAACACUGCUGAGGAUAAUUACAUGUGACAGGACAGGAAAGACAUGAAAACUGACAAUGCUGACACCAGACACAAACCUGAUUCGAGCGAUCGUGGCUCAAGAGUUGGGAGUUCGCCUUGUAAUCGGAAGGUUGCCGGUUCGAGCCCCGGCUGGGACAGU